CCGGCCCAUCAUCGUAUGGUAUUUAUGUGAACAUUGUAAACGGAGUUUGCUAUUGUGUUUUGUCAAUUCAAUUGUUGUGAAAAAGUUGGCGCUAAUCAUCGUGGUAUUGUUUUGUAUACACGAGUUUCACAUUACUUUACAGGUAUUUUUUUUUUUUUUUGUAUUUUUGAUAUUAAAAGGGCCGUUGUUACAAUGCCCCGUUAGCACUUGCUGGUAAUAAAAUGUGUUACAAUUACAAUACAGUUAGCAAUUACCAACAUUUUAUUUGAUAGUGUAACACGGUUUUUAUAUAAACCCUUUUCCAACUAGUAUUAGCGAUAGUUAUGUAGGUACUUAAAUAUUUUAAUGUUGUGAUAGCGCUAGGUCAACUAAAAACUAUUGAAAUUGUAAUUUUUGUUGUUUCCAACAAUAUAAUGACAGCGUGAGAUAUAGAAUAUUUGAUAUUUUUAUUGUUAUCCACGUAUACUUUAAAUUAAUCGUUAUCGUUAUUAGGGGCGUUGAAUUAACAUUAUAUUUUUCAGAUUUGUACAAUGAUUUGUGUAAAAAUAGUGCAUCACUGAGUACCUACUCAAUGUCUUUAUUCAUAAUAUGUUCCUCGUAUAUAUUUAAGGCAGGAUUGAAAGGUUUUCGAUAACUACUGAAUUCAUAACAACCGAUACACCGUACUUCUGUAUGACAACGAAUCUAUAAGUAUUAGUCCGUUUUCUAAACAUUGAUUCAGAAAAUCUUACAUCUCAGUUUUAUCUGUCAUUUGUAUAAUUACUUAUACAUACUACAUUGUUCAUUUGGAUGACAAGAAGAUAUAUAUAUAUAUUAUUUGUAACAUUAUUAUUAUUAUUAUUAUUAAUUUUAUACAGUGCGAUUAGACGUUUAUGUCUAUUUCUAAUUUGAUAUGCCUUCUACAUACAUUGUUUGUGAAGGCAUUUCAUAUUAAUAUAAUUUAACUGAUUAAUAAUAAGAUAAACUUAUUUUUUUGAUAAUUCCAGCGGGGUGAGGAAAAGAUCAGGACUGUCUAUGGUAAAGUUCCAGAAAUAGUGAUCGAAGUUGGACUGCAAAUAAUUUAAUAGAAGCACUCCUCAUUUUCAUCAAUAAUUUAAUUUCUACGUUUAACCAUAAGUUGAAGUUUGAAGGAAUUGAGAAGUUAUUAACUUCUCAAUUUACAUUGACAUAAUAUGAUGUUUGGUGAUUUACUAUCUUGUGUCAAAAUUUUGAAAAAUGAGAAAAACCUAUAGAGCACAUACCUAUUUUCUCAUAUAAAUAUGCUAAUUACAAAAAAGUGUAAAAUCACAACAUUACAUUAAAUGGUAUUAACUAAAAUUAUGUGUGGAUUUUAUUAAAUAAUAAUAAUUAUAAAAUAUAUUAAAACUUUUUGUACAUUUGGGCUACUUACAUAUUAAAAUUGUUGAUUAUAUUUGCAAAAUUGUACUAUAUUUUGGUUGAUGCUAAACAAUUUUCUCGAGGUAACUAAUAUUAAAAUAAAUAUUAUGUGAAAGUGCACAUCAAAUAUUGUGUUGAGGAUUAAGGCAAUUUCUGAAUUCUGAUUUAAUGACAGAUUAUGCAGAAACCCAGCUUCAAAUUGGUUUGUUGUUAAUUUGGUAGUAAAUAAUUUUCAAAUUCUUUUGACAAAAUAAAUUUAUUUUGAACUGUGUCCAAAGUUAAAUAGGAUAUUUAAUAGAAACUUUAAAAAGAUUUAUUAACUAAAGGAUUUACUGAUUUCUACUUUUUGUUGUUCAAAAUGUAAUUUUUGCAAGUAUUCUUGAAGAAGGAAUCUUAAGUCAUUUAAUGUAAUUCUUAUUAAAUCUUUUAAAAUUCACUUUAACAAAUCAUUCAUACUAUCUGAUUUAGAUAGUAUGAAAUUCCAGAAAGUUGUUUUUCUCCUUAUUGAUAUAAAAUUCAAUAAUGCAUAUUGAACAUGUUUUUUUUUUUUUUUAAAUUUGAAUAGUUGUCUCUAGAUCUAGAAUUAGAUUAGAUCCAUUCCCUCAAAUCUUAUUUCUUGAGCAAAUAUGCUUUGACAUGGACCUUGUUUUCGUAUUUUUGUCUUGAGUCAGUCUAACCAUAUCUUCUUGGUAUCAAGUUUUGAUCUUCACAUACAGCUUCUGAGACUAAAAGUUGAAAGUCUACAAGGUAAUUUGUAAGAAUGUACUUUUGGAUACACAGUCAUUAAUUUACAACAAAAAAUUCCAAUAAAUGUAUAAAUAUUUUAAAAAUACAAAUUUUUUAACGUUUUCAACAUUUUAAAAAUGAUGGUGAUAAAAAUUUCUUUGGAAAUCAUUAGUUUUGAAAUUAUAGCCGUUGAAGUGCAAGCAAGUGCAGCGAGCAAGUGACUCCUUUGGUCUCUAGGUGCACUGAAAUUGCCAAAAUGUAUUUGUUUUUCUUAUGUUACCUACCUGACAUUGUUUUGCAUAAUAAUUGAGAGGAUUUUUUUCAUUUAAAACAGUGAACAAAAUGCAUUUGACAUGUUUGAUUUUCUAAGAAAUUUGAAGAAAUUUUGGACUUUUUCAUAUUAAAGUAAUCAAUACAUCUAAACUAUAUAUUUUAUAGUAGCAUAGGAUUGAAUCCAACAAGUAUAUUUUGCUUAUAAACCAGUAUGAGUUUAAUUAUUAUCAAUUGUUUUAGAACAUGGUACCAUUUUGUAAGAUGUUUCAUUUCCAAAAAAAAACUUUUUCUCCUAACUGGUUUAUUUACAACAUAGUUACUGUUUUUUAGUCAUACUAUGAAAUUACAGAAAAUUAUAGUAUUUUAUUUAAAAAUAUGCCUCUUCAAAUUUUUUUUGAUUCCUUUUCACUUGGCAUUAUUCUUGGAAAUAAAUACCUACCUUUUAUAAUUAAUAAUUUCUCAGUACCUAUAGAUGCAGUAAUUUUAACAACCUUAUGUCUACUUGAGUUCCACAUGUGUUCUGUGGAGAACAUAUAAAAAUCAUAAAUGAAACUAGAGUUUUCAUUCAACAUCACCACUUUAUAUCUCCAUUUGUGGUGUUUUUGAGGUUGAAGAUCUAGAUUUUAUAACUAUUCAUUUCAUUUAAUGUAUUUUAAUUUUGAAAUAUUAUGCAUAUAUGCAAAUCAUUGUCACUAGUGAUUUCUAAUAUAAAUCGUUUUAUAUAGCAUUUAUUUUUUUUGUUAAAUAUAUAAUAUAUGUGUUAUUUUCAUAUUUCUGCAUUUGUGUAAAAUUAUAUUUUGUUUUAAAUUUCAGAAUGGAACAUGUACUUCUCCCCUAUAGAGGUACUGAAUUUAUUUCCAGUACUACAACUCAUAAUCCUGAAGAACAAUUCUUUGUGGAAAAAAUUCUUAAAAAAAAUGUAAUAGGCAACUAUGUCUAUUAUUUUAUAAAAUGGAAAAACUAUGAUGAUGAUGAAAACACUUGGGAGUUGGGAAAAAAUCUCCAUUGUAUGGAAAUAAUAAAUGAAUAUGAAGAAAAUUUAAAAUCCCAGGAACAACCAAAAAGAGUUGAUAACGUUGAUAUUGAUAAUAAUAUUGCCGAUGAAGAAGAUGAUGUCAAUGAGGCAGAUGAUAUCAACGAAGAACCAGAUGAUGUCAAUGAGGCAGAUGAUAUCAACGAAGAACCAGAUGAUGUCAAUGAGGCAGAUGAUGCCAACGAAGAACCAGAUGAUGUCAAUGAGGCAGAUGAUAUCAACGAAGAAGCAGAUGAUAUCAACGAAGAAGCAGAUGAUAUCAACGAAGAAGCAGAUGAUAACAACGAAGAAUCAGAUGAUUUCAGUGAAGAUUCAGAUGAUAUCGACGAAGAAGCAGAUGAUGAUGAUGAAUAUGAAGAUGUCGAAGAAGAAGAGGAAGAGGAAGUAGAGGAAAUAAAAAGUGAUGAAGAUGAUGUACUAAUAGAAUACAAUGGGUAUUGUAAGCAUGAUAUGAUAGAAAUUGUUGGUACAACUUUCAUAGAUGAUGAGUUGACAUUUUUGAUAAAAUUAAGAAAUGAUACGAUUAUACUCUUUCCUGCUAAUGUAGCCAAUAAACUGUGUCCCCAAAUGGUCAUAAGGUUUUAUGAACCAAACUUUAUCUAUAAUCACCCAAAAUUCAGAAACAGACACAGAUGAAUAUACUGAUGAUAAUUAACUUUUGUGAACCAAUUGUAACUAUUUUAUUUUACAUCAUGA